GGCGAGUCCACGCCCGGAACAGCCCAGCUUCCAGGCCGGACUCCGGUCCCUUUUCCGGACUGUGCGUGGACUCUUCCGUUUCCGACCGCGUGGACGCCGCACAACCUGGCUCCCGGCAUCCCCCGGGGCCGCCGCGGGGCGCGAGGGAGGAAACACCGCCCCCAGCCGGCGCGCGUGCGCACAGGCCCGCAGCGCCAAGCUCCCCACGCGCCGCACGCCCGCGCACCCCCCGCGCACCCCCCGCGCAGGCCCGCGCGUUCACGCAUCGCGCACGCGCCGCUCGGCCGGCCGGGCCUCCGGGCUCCGGGUUCGGCUCCCGGAGCUUGGCUCCCGGCGGCCCGCGCGAGCCGGCGCCGGGCGGGCGGUGGGCGGGGACCGCGGGGAGCUCGGGAGGAGGGCGGGGCGCGCGCGGGCGGGCCGAGUCGGAGGGCCCCGGGCCCGCGGUCCGCGGCGGAGUGGGACUCGGCGCGGGCGCUGCCGCCAUGGACGCCGACGCGGGGUCGCAGAACCCAGAGAACGGGGAGCGCCGCGACCCGGACCGGACUGCGGAGGAGGACGCGCGGGCCCGGGCCGAGUUCGCGGCGCUGCACGGCCCGGCGCUGCGCGCGUCCGGGGUCCCCGAGCGGUACUGGGGCCGCCUCCUGCACAAGCUGGAGCACGAGGUUUUCGAUGCCGGGGAGAUGUUCGGGAUAAUGCAAGUGCAGGAAGUGGAGGAGGAGAGUGAGGGCGAAGAGGCCCGGGAAGCACGGAAGAAGCAGCCCAACCCUGGCGGCGAGCUCUGCUACAAGGUCAUCGUGACCAGCGAGAACGGGCUCCAGGCAGCCGACCCCGACAGCAUCUUCCUCAUCGACCACGCCUGGACGUGCCGCGUGGAGCACGCGCGCCAGCAGCUGCGGCAGGUGCCCGGGCUGCUGCUCCGCAUGGCCAACCUGAUGGGCAUCGGGUUCCACGGCGAGCUGCCCAGCGCCGAGGCCGAGGACCUGGUGCUGGAGGAGAUGUGGCGGUUCAACCAGACCUACCAGCUGGCACACGGGACGGCCGAGGAGAAGGUGCCGGUGUGGUACAUCAUGGACGAGUUCGGCUCGCGCAUCCAGCACUCCGACACGCCCAGCUUUGCCACUGCGCCCUUCUUCUACAUGCCCCAGCAGGUGGCUUACACGCUGCUGUGGCCCCUGCGGGACUUAGACACAGGCGAGGAGGUGACCCGGGACUUUGCCUACGGGGAGACCGACCCUCUGAUCCGGAAGUGCAUGCUGCUGCCCUGGGUCCCCGCCGACCUGCUGGACUUGAGCUCCUCCACGCCCGAGCCGCCCGCCGAGCACUACCAGGCCAUUUUGGAGGAGAACAAGGAGAAGCUGCCGCUCGCCAUCAGCCCGGUGGCCUAUCCCUGCGACCACGUCUUCAAGCUGGGCCCCCCUCUUGCCUUCAUCUGCCUCUGCGCCGCGCCCCCUGAGCUCCUGGGCUCUGUCCUCACCUCUCCCCGGGGCCAGUGGGGGCCGGGGCCGGGCCGGGCUGGCAGCAGUGAAGACUGGUGUGGAACAGGCCCUGGCCCGGGGCACCCGUCUUGGCUACACACACCCCCACAGGCCCCUGGACUCCAGCUGCCUUCUCGGCCAGCGGUGCUCAGUGUGGUCUACACAGACAUCCAGCAGGUGCUCAGGCACCUGACGCACCCGCGCUUCACCUUUGCCCAGAGCGAGGCGGACGCGGACAUCCUCUACAACUUCUCCCACUUCAAGGACUAUAGGAGGCUCAGCCAGGAGAGGCCCAACGUGCUGCUGAACCAGUUUCCCUGCGAGAACCUGCUGACGGUGAAGGACUGCUUGGCCUCCAUCGCGCGCCGGGCUGGGGGCCCCGAGGGCCCGGCGUGGCUGCCCCGCACCUUCAACCUGCGCACCGAGCUGCCGCAGUUUGUGAGCUGCUUCCAGCAGCGGGAGAGGCGGGGCCAGGACAACCACUGGAUCUGCAAGCCCUGGAAUCUGGCCCGCAGCCUGGACACCCACGUCACCAGGAGCCUGCACAGUAUCGUCCGGCACCGGGAGAGCAGCCCCAAGGUCGUGUCCAAGUACAUCGAAAGCCCAGUGUUGUUCCUUCGAGAAGACGUGGGGCGGGUCAAGUUCGAUGUCCGCUACGUCGUGCUUCUGCGCUCGGUGAAGCCCCUGAGGCUGUUUGUCUAUGACGUGUUCUGGCUGCGCUUCUCCAACCGGCCCUUCGCGCUCGAUGACCUGGACGACUACGAGAAGCAUUUCACUGUCAUGAACUAUGACCCGGAAGUGGUGCUGAAGCAGGUGCACUACGAUGAGUUCAUCCCUGAGUUUGAGAAGCAGUACCCGGAAUUUCCCUGGAAGAGCGUCCAGGCUGAGAUCUUCCAGGCCUUCACGGAGCUGUUCCAGGUGGCGUGUGCCAAGCCGCCGCCCCUGGGCCUCUGCGACUAUCCCUCAUCCCGGGCCGUGUAUGCCAUCGACCUCAUGCUCAAGUGGGACGACCGUCCAGAUGGGACACGAGUGAUGCAGCCGCAGAUCCUGGAGGUGAACUUCAACCCGGACUGUGAGCGGGCCUGCAGGUACCACCCGGGCUUCUUCAACGACGUCUUCAGCACCCUGUACCUGGACGAACCCAGCCAGUGCCACGUCACUCGCCUGGUCUAGGUGCUCGUGGCUCCGCGCUGCCUGCUGGCCCCUUCCGGCCUCAGCGGGCGGAGCUGCUUCCGCGAGCCCCUCCCCUCCUCCCUCGGGCACAGCCUCGUCUUGGAGCUGUCAUCUUGGUGCCACCUUGGGGGGCUCAGGGUCCUGCUCCCUCCGAGGUCAGGAGCAGGGCCAGGCAGGGUGUGCCGAGCGCUGAGUCCCAGGCCCCUGUCCGUGCCCCCUCACCGCCAUCCGUGCUCCGCUGAGGGCUUUUUCUCGAGAGUCUGGUUCCUGGGCUGCUGUUUCCCAGGGGAUUGGCGGCUGCGGGUUCUGGGGAGCACGAGGUUCCCCCAGCAACACCUGCGGAGCCCACAUACGAACGGGGAGCUGGGUGGGCUGCUUCUCCAGGGGUCCUGCUCGUGUAUCGUGACUGCUGGGGCGGGGUGUCCCCACCCCUGCCCCCCAGAACAGCUGGGAACCUGCUUCCCGGACUGCGCCUUCUUGGUUCCCACUCGACCAAACCUUUCCCAGCAAGCUUCCCAUGAGGUUCCCGGCCGGGAGGGCCAUGGCCUUGGGCUGCUCUUGCCUUUGGCAAGAGCAGGCUGUCCUCGGACCCCGGCAGACCCGGCUGCCCGCCGGGCACGGCAGAGCUGUCCCCUCGCCUGCCGUCGGCUGGGGCCUCAGGGACAAGUGUGGGUGGCGGAGCCCAGCAGCAGACGGCCAAGGAAGAUGAUUCCAGGGAGAACUUGAUGUUACUGUCAGGUGCCACCUUUCACCUGAGUCUAGCGUCAAAAUGUUGGAUUUUUGUUAGUUUUUCAUUUAUGGGAGGAAUAUAUAAAGAUUCUUGUUAUUUCCGUAACUUUGUUUCUGAAAUUUGGAGUCAGAUGCUGGUGUGUUUUGUGUAGCCCCAGUGGCCCCAGGCCUGGCUGACAGUGGGGUUGGGGGGAGAGUUUGACCCCCUCCUUGGGGGGUGGGGGUGGGGCACGGAGCUUCAUUCACUGUGAAGCCAAGAAACAAAACUGGGCUGGGCUGCGCUUCCUGUCCGUGUGUCCACUUGGCUGUGUGUGUCCAUCUUCUUUGUCACCCAGAACCUCAGCUGUCGGCUGGGGAGACGCCCCUUCCCUCCAGCCAAGCCGUGAUGUAGCGAGCAGGACACACGGUCUCUGGUUUUUCCCCUGGAGAGCCACUGGCGUCCUGCCCUCUCCUUGACACGACCUGUACCGUAAUAAACUAGGCCUUCUUGA